AUGCCCUACCUGGAUAUGGAACCUAGAUCUUCCACACGGAAGGUCUACAGUGAAACCAUCACUUCACCGUGGUAUAUCUUCGGCAGCGGGACCAAGCUCACUGUCACUGACCCCAGUCAGCCCAAGACCACGCCCACCGUCUCUCUGUACCCACCAUCCCCUGAGGAGCUCCGAACUGAAAAGGCCACAAUGGUAUGUCUCAUCACUAACUACUACCCCGAUGACGUCACCGUGACCUGGAAGGAAGAUGGGAAAACCAUCACCCAGGGCGUGCAGACCACUGAGUCCACCAAACAGAGCAACAGGAAGUACGCACUCAGCAGCUACCUGACCUUGACCUCUGCUCGGUGGAAGACCCAUAGCAAGUACACCUGCCAGGCCACCCACGAUGGGACCACCACAGAGCAGACAGUGGUCCCCGCAGAGUGUGCUGGGCCCUGA